CAUAUACGGACACAACGGGUGAGGACUCGACGAUCGCCGAUGUCUUCGACACGAAUACCAUCACUGAUGACGAGAUUAUCACAAAUCUCAUGGACAUCGAGACAUACAUCAGUCCUACUGAGGACUCAACAGAAUCUGCGGACAACAUACUGGCCAUCCCUGAGACCAACAUCACCGUAGAGGAGGACGAGAUAUCCGACAGGACAUACCAAAAGGCAGUGGAACUGGAGUUAGCCGUACUGCCCAUUCCCCGCACUAUCAACGACUACACCACUCUCAACGAUGUUGAGUGCAAUCGCAUGAUUGAGUUGUUCAGUAUCCAGAUGUCACUGACUAGACCCCAACCCCAGAACAAACUGGAGGCUCAGACCGUUGAGGAUGUCAUCAAUUUUUUUGUCAGCAAAUUCGAGCUCUAUGUCCAGCGAUUCGUCGACACCACCAAGAGUUUGUCCGCUUUUAAUGACAUUUGCGAGAAUGACCAGAUUGCCCUGAUCAAAUAUAGCAGUUUAGAGACCCUGCUACUCAGGACUGCCCUCACCUUUGACUAUCAGCACGAGUUCUGGACUUUUAUUAUGGACGAUGAUAAUUCAAUUAUACUUAAACUGGAUUUAUUGAAACCUAUUAAAAGGGACUGUUACACACAUUUUAGGACUUUCCUGCAAAAGUUUGGCAGUGAAUGGGAUUCUGACCCUUUUAUCAUUGAUUUGCUAAUGCCUAUAAUACUAUUUAACCCGGAUAGACCAAACAUUAUUCACAAGGAAUUAGUAAAAGUCCAACAGCAGAUAUACAUGUAUUUACUUCAACGCUAUUUGCGUUUAAGAUAUUCAUCUGAAUGCGAAACGAAAGCCAAAUUCUUGAGGAUUUUGAAUGUUUUGGAGUACUUAGAAAAACUG